AUGAGCCUACAGACUGCGGAACAGCCGAACCUAAUCGUGUCCACCACCGAUGAUGGAAUCGCCAUUCUGGAAAUGAACCGGCCAAGGAAGCGGAAUGCCUUGUCACAGGCGUUUAUCGACGAACUGACAGCAGCUCUGCGCCACAUUGACCGCACUCCAACGACAUUUGCUGUCAUCCUAACCAGCUCUGGACCCUUCAGCGCUGGUGCAGACCUGACCGAAUUGGGGGCUCUUACAACCGCCGAAGCCACCCGCGUUGGCUGGCUCAAGGAUCUAGACGAUGCAUUUUCAAGUUUUCGGAAGCCCAUCUUGGCAGCAGUGAGGGGCUUUGCCUUAGGCGGUGGUUUUGAACUCGCGCUUAUGUGCGAUAUGAUUUACGCCUCAGCGGAUGCACGGUUUGGCUUUCCCGAGAUCACUCUGGGUACGCUACCCGGAGCUGGAGGGACACAGAGGCUCACAAAGACUAUUGGGAAGCAGAAGGCAAUGGAACUUAUAUUAACUGGGACAACCACGUCGGCAACGGAAAUGGAACGCCUUGGCGUUGUGAACCGAGUUGCCUCGAGCGAAGAGGACGUCCUAGAGGUGGCAAAAACAGUAGCACGUUCUAUCGCCUCUUUUUCCGCGCCGGCAAUCGGGCUAGCCAAACAAGCUGUUCUGGCAGCCGAGACGACGACCUUGAAGGCAGGUCUAGAGAUUGAGCGCGCGCUCUACUACAGCAGCUUUUCGCUCGAAGAUUGCCGCGAAGGCGUUACUGCUUUCAAGGAAAAACGAAAAGCAAAUGUUCAGCAUCGUUGA